AUGUUAGUCACACCGUUCUCGUUCAACCUUUCACAUGGUAUAGAGCAGGUUCCCUCGUGGGAACUGUUCCUAGGGCCCACCGUCACAUUUUUUUUUUCCUGCCCGGAGCGCGCUCGGCCCCUGCCCGAGUCGCGCCCCUCCCCCUCGCCUCUCUUAGCGGCCCCGUCGCGCCGCCCUUUAGGCCCCGGCGCCGCCUCUGUUGGCCUCGCGGCCCUACCCUCGCGACCCCGCGGCCCCACCCUCGCGUCGCCCUGCGCGGCGUCGUUACAGCCGCCCGCGACCCCAACGCCGCCCGUCGCGGCCCCGUCGCCCUUCGCGCCGCCCGCGACCUCGUCGCCGCGGCCGCCCGCGACCCUACCGCUGCGGCCGCCCGCGACCCUGGCAUCGCAGCCGCCUACGACCCUGCCGCCAAAGCCGCCCGCGACCCUACCGUCGCUGCCGCCUGCGACCCUGCUGUCGCAGCCGCCCGCGACCUCGUCGCCGCAGCCGCCUGCGCUCCCGUCGUCGCAGCCGCCUGCGCUCCCGUCGUCGCAGCCCCUCGCGGCCCCUGUCGUCGCAGCCGCCCGCGACCCCGUCGCACCACCUGUGCGACCCCACCGCCGCCCUUUGCGGCCCCGUCGCCACACCUUCGCGGCCCCGCCGAGCAGCCGAGCCGCCGAGACGCUGCCGCAGCCGAGCCGCCGAGACGCUGCCGCAGCCGAGCCGCCGAGCCGCCGUUGCCGCUGGGCUGCCGGACUGCCGAGCCGCCGCUGCCGCCGAGCUGCCGAGCCGCCGAGCCGCCGUUCCUGCUGUCGCGGCCCUGUUCCUGCCGACGCGCCUCGGUCCUCCUUGCCUGCACGUGUCCUCACCUUUGACGCUGAGGGCCGGGCCAUUGACUUUGACGUCUGGGUAGAUGACCUGCAGCUUUUCCUACUGAGCGACAGAGCAGACGGCCUCUCCCUCUUUGACCUCAUUUUUGGUGCCUCUCCUGCCCCUGCUGCUGAUGCUGACGCCACUGUUCGCUCCCAGUGGGCCACGCGCGAUGCUGCUGCCCGCCUUGCUGUGCGCCGCCACUUGCCGACCGCUGAGCGUGCGCACUUUAGCCAGUACAAGAGUGCUAAGACCUUGUACGACGCUGUAGUUGCACGCUACUCUUCCCCUGCCACUGCUGCGCUUAGCCGCCUCAUCCUACCGUACCUCUUCCCUGACCUCGCCGCUUUUCCCACUGUCGCUGACCUCAUUACGCACCUUCGCACUAGUGACACUCGCUACCGCGCUGCGCUUCCUGCUGAGUUCUGCGCCAAGAACCCCCCCCCAAUGUACAUCACCCUCUACUACAUAGUCACCCGGCUCCCUGACACCCUUCGCCCGGUCAGGGACCACUUCCUCUCUGUUUGCCCCACCACCCUCACCGUUGACCUCCUCGAGGAGCGCCUUCUAGCGGCAGAGAAGAGCAUAGUCGCAGUAGGUGCCCCUUGUGGUGACCCUCGUACCCCUGUCUUUGAGGGGUGCUCCCCCUCUCCCCUCUUGCCCUCUGUUGCCUCUGCUGCUGCGGCCGACCUCGUUGGUCUUGAGUCGGUCGCUGCGGCGUCUGCCCCUAGCGGGAGACGCCGCCCUGGCAAGGGCAAGGGGGGCAAGGGUGCUGGAGGAGCUGGAGGGGGCGGUGGAGGCGGAGGUGGAGGUGGUGGAGGGGGUGGGGGUGGCGGUGGGGGUGGUGGCGGGGGUGGGGGCGUCGGUGGCGGGACUGGAGGUGGAGGUGGAGGCGGUGGUGGCAGUGGGAGCGGAGGUGGCGGAGGUGGCGGUACUGGAGGAGGUAGCGGCGGAGGCGGUGGAGCUGGUCGGGGUGGCGCUGCGCAGAGGGGUGGCUCCGGUGGUGGUGCUCGCCAGCAGCAGCAGCAGCAGCAGCGUACCCGUGAGACCCCUUCCCCCCAGCAGCUUCGUGAGUGGUACGCUGCUCGUCAGCGGGGCGGGGGUGCUGGCCCCUGUACCUACGUUCUCCGUACCGGCGACCGGGCGGGUGAGCAGUGUGGGGGCGCGCACCCCACCCAGCGCUGCUUCGGUCGUCUGACGGACGCGUGGCGCCACCAGUUCCCCGACGCUACUGAGAUCCCUCGCUGGGGCGAGCUGUCUAGGGCGGGUGUUGCAAUCUAUGAUCUUGAUUUUGAUGCUAUUCUUGCUGCCAUGUAUGCUGUGACUAUUAGUGAUGAGGGUGACUGUUACCGGUGUUUCCCGCCUGACCCAGGCAUAGAGGCUGCUGCGCUAGGUACUUGUGAGGCUGCUGCUCUCAGUGCCAGUGCGUCUGCCGCCCCAGGUGCCGGUGAGUUUGCGCUCUCAGGUGCUGCGUCGUCCCCGGACACCCACACCUUCACCCUUGACUCGGGUGCUUCCCGCUCCUUCUUUCGAGACUACACCACUCUCACACCGCUCAGUCAGCCUGUUGCGGUCUCCCUGGCAGACCCCUCUAGGGGUCCUGUCCUUGCUCACUACUCCACUGUCCUACCGUGUCCGGCGGUCCCGUCUGGCUCCCUGUCGGGUCUCUACCUCCCCUCGUUCUCUACGAACUUGGUGGCGGGUGCUGACCUCCAGGAUGCAGGAGUUGACCAGUUCACCCCUGCGCGUCAGCGGGUGACCCACUGCACUUGUGCGGACACGGGCCGACACUUGGCCACGUUUGCUCGUCGGCCAGGGUCGAGCCUGUACACACUGACUACUGAGUCUCCUCCAGUCACUGAGUCUGCUCAGGUAGCAGCGUCGGGUCAGGUGUUUGCUGCGGCGUCCAGGUCUGGUCCUGAGUCUGCCCCCUGCUCGUGUCGUCUCCUGUCCCACCGGACUCUCCUCUGGCACCACCGCCUUGGUCACCCCUCCCUGCCUCGUCUUCGAGGCAUGGCUUCCCGUCUUCUUGUUUCUGGCCUCCCCCGGUCCCUCCCUCCCCUUCCUCCGGGGCCUGCCCCCACCUGCGUUCCCUGCGUCGAGGGGCGGCAGCGCGCUGCUCCUCACUCCUCCGAGUUUCCUCCGACAGAGGCUCCGCUGCAGACGCUUCACAUGGACGUGUGGGGCCCAGCCCGCGUCCGUGGGCAGGGUCACGAGCGUUACUUCCUGUUGGUGGUUGACGACUACUCGCGUUACACCACAGUCUUCCCCUUGCGCAGCAAGGGUGACGUCACUGAGGUGUUGAUCGCCUGGAUCCGCGCAGCUCGUCUCCAGCUCCAGGAGAGUUUCGGCUCCGACUUUCCUGUUCGGCGUCUGCACUCCGACCGAGGCGGAGAGUUCUCCUCUGACCUUCUGCGGGCCUUCUGUCGCGCACGAGGCAUCCGCCAGACCUUCACGCUUCCGGACUCUCCGCAGCAGAAUGGGAUUGCUGAGCGCCGCAUCGGCAUGAUCAUGGACGUCGCUCGUACGUCCAUGAUCCAUGCGGCUGCUCCCCAUUUUCUGUGGCCGUUUGCGGUUCGGUACGCGGCGCAUCAGCUCAACCUUCACCCCCGGGUCUCCAUGCCGGAGACCUCCCCUGCUUUGCUGUGGACGGGGAAGGUUGGUGAUGCGUCUGGUUUCCGGGUCUGGGGAUCUAGGGCGUUUGUCCGCGACUUGUCUGCGGACAAGCUGUCCUCUCGCGCUGUUCCCUACGUCUUCCUUGGCUUUCCCCCUGACGCGCCAGGCUGGCAGUUCUACCACCCCACCUCGCGCCGUGUCUUCGCGUCCCAGGACGUCACCUUUGACGAGUCGGUUCCCUACUACCGUCUCUUCCCCUACCGCACUGCGUCCCUCCCUCCCCCGCCGCUCUUCCUUACGCCAGGUCCCCCUCCGGUAGACCCCCUCCCCCCUCAGGGUCCUGCUCCCUCAGGUGUGUCCCAGGUAGAUGCAGUUGAGCCAGUCGAGGUAGCUGUUGACUCUGGUGCUGCUGGUGGUGCUGAGCCUGAGGGUGCAGGGUCUGGGGGUGCUGCGACUGGGGGUGCUGAGCCUGGGGGUGCUGAGCCUGGGGGUGCUGAGCCUGGUGGUGCUGAGCCUGGGGGUGCUGAGCCUGGGGGUGCUGCGCCUGGGGGUGCUGAGCCUGGGGGUGCUGCGCCUGGGGGUGCUGAGCCUGGGGGUGCUGAGCCUGGGGGUGCUGAGCCUGGGGGUGCUGCGCCUGGGGGUGCUGAGUCUCGGAGUGCGGAGCCUGAGGGUGCUGGACCUGCUCGUGUGGCGUCUGGUGGUGCUGAGCCUGGCAGUUCUUCGGGUGCUUCGUCCCGGCGGGAGCUGCUCUCUCCACAGGAGCUGCGUGAGUGGUUUGCCCGGCGCUGGCGGCGUGCUGCUGGAGCUGGUGGUGCUGCAGGCGCUGGAGGUUCUACUGCUGCUAAGAGUGCUGGUGUGGAGGGUCCCAGAGGUGCUCGUACCGAGUGUACUGGAGCUGCUGGGCCUUCGGUUGUUCCGACUGGAGCUGGGGCUACUGGGGGUGUUGGCGCUGGAGGUGCAGCUGGCGCUGGUGCUGCUGCGGGUGCUGGAGUUGGCGCUGCUGGGGCUGGAGGUCCUCCUGGUGCUGGUGCUCCCGUUGGGGGUACUGGUGCUGUUCCUGCUGGCACUGGUGGCGCUGCGCGGCCGCGGCCGUACUUCGUUCCGCUCCUUGAGCAGGUUCUUGGUCUUCCGUCCUCUCUUGGUCCUGCUCCUCCCUUAGCGUGUCCGCCUCCUGUCCAGUCCGAGUCACAGUUACCGCCGGCCUCCCCGCUUCCUUCUCCCUCUCCCUACACUGGUCCUACUGGAGGUCUUGCUGAGCGUCGUGAGCCUGCGUCUCGCCCUGCGUCGCCUGUCCGUGCUGCUCGCGCUAGUGGUCGUGGUUCGCGUCAGCGUCCUCCUCCUGUCCCCGGCACGCACCGGAUGUCUCUGCGUCCUUCCACUGCUCCCCUGCGUGCCCCUUUGCCUUCUCCUCCCGCGUCCUCUCUUCCUGACCUUCCUGACCCUGAGUCGGACUCCCUUCGUGCUGCGCGUCCUACUGUCACGCGUCUCCUUGCUACUGUCGUCACUGACCCUUCCUUUGAGUCUACUGCUGCGUCUGCUCUGGUUGCUGAGCUUGUCGACUUCGCUGCUCGCUGUCGCCUAGACUACGCUACCAGUCUCGUCGCUGAGUCUGAGUCUGUCUGUCCUCCGUCCGUCGGGGGUGAGUGUGCUCUUGGCACGGACGUCCUUGAGGACAGGCAGGAGGAGUUCCAGUGCUUGGCUGCUGCUUCACCUCAUCUCGUGUCCAUGCUGCUUGCCCCUGAGGGAGACCCGGAUGCACUUGACAUCCCGACUCCGCGCUCUUACGCGGAGGCGAUAGAGGGUCCCUACUCCUCUCAGUGGCAGGCAGCCAUGGACGCAGAGAUGGCUUCCUGGAAGUCCACAGGCACCUACGUUGACGAGGUUCCCCCGCCUGGGGCGAACAUCGUCAGUGGCAUGUGGAUUUUCAGGGUGAAGCGGCCGCCGGGUUCUCCGCCUGUCUUCAAGGCGCGUUACGUGGCUCGUGGCUUCAGUCAGCGGCAGGGAGUUGACUACUUUCAGACCUUCUCUCCCACCCCGAAGAUGACCACUCUUCGGGUACUGCUGCACAUAGCCGCUUACCGAGACUACGAGCUGCACUCUCUUGACUUCAGCACUGCUUUCUUGCAGGGCAGCCUGCACGAGGAGAUCUGGCUGCGCCGCCCACCUGGCUUCACUGGGACUUUUCCUCCUGGCACCCAGUGGAGCUUCCGGCGGCCAGUCUACGGUCUCCGCCAGGCGCCUCGUGAGUGGCACGACACACUGAGGACGACACUUGCGGCUCUUGGGUUUGCUCCUUCUACUGCCGACCCGUCGCUGUUUCUGCGCACCGACACUUCUUUGCCGCCGUUCUACAUCCUCGUGUACGUCGACGACUUGGUCUUUGCUACAGCUGACACUGCUGGACUUGCCUACGUGAAGUCCGAGCUGCAGAAGAGACACACGUGCACAGACCUGGGUGAACUGCGCAGCUACCUUGGCUUGCAGAUCACCCGGGACAGAGCACAGCGCACCAUUACCCUGACUCAACCAGAGCACAUGGCUGCAGCGAAGAGGGUGUUGCGCUACUUGUGCAGUACGUCUGGCAUGGGGCUUGUGCUUGGAGGGCAGAGUCCAGUGGUCCUCACUGGUCACGCAGACGCUUCUUGGGCCGACGACCAGGCUACGCAGCGGUCGUCACAGGGUUACACCUUCAGCCUUGGUUCCGGCUCUGUUUCGUGGCGAUCUACCCGCUCGUCUUCUGUUCUCGGCUCGAGCUGUGAGGCUGAGAUCUACGCAGGGGCCAUGGCUGCACAGGAGCUACGCUGGCUCACCUACCUGCUGACUGACCUGGGAGAGCCGCCUCGUUCUCCUCCAGUGCUGUACGUAGACAACAAGGCCAUGCUGGCCUUGUGUCGGGAGCACAGACUGGAGCACAGAACGAAGCACAUCGCUCUCCGCUACUUCCUUGCUCGUGAGCUGCAGCAGCGUGGUCAGCUGCGCCUUGCUUACGUGGCCUCUGAGGCCAACACUGCUGAUAUCUUCACCAAGGCACUCGCGCCUUGUGAUCAUCAGCGCUUCUGUACUCUGUUAGGUCUUGUGCCUACCUUGCCUCACUUGCUUACUUCUUGA